AGAUUUUGAUUACAUGCCUUGGUCUUUUAUGGGAUUGAAUGAUGCCAUAGGAACUGAAUCUUUAUUUGUUAUUUGAUUACAUGCCUUGGUUUGUUAUGGGAUAGAUGUUGAAUGUACUGUAAAUUGCUAAAUCAGGCCUUGCCUAAUCAAACCAAUAAAAAACUAGAUUGAACUUUAGCAAGUUCCAUUUCCUUUUUCUCCUAUUUAAUUUUUCUUCAAUCAACAAAUUUGAGUUAAUAUAUGCUUAAUUUUCUCUACAGAACCGGAUUGCUACUUAAUUUUCUCGACCACUCUGCAGGCGUCUCCUCUAUACUCUCGAUUAUAUCUCUAUUUUUCACAACCAGUUAGUUCAAACUUUAAGAUUUUCUAUUUUCCAUUUAUGAAUUAUUGAUUAUGCUUAUCCAGAGUCUAUAUUUUGUUUUCUUACUGUCUCUUUGUACUUAGCUAUCUAGGUUAUGUGUUGAAAAGUGCUAUAAUAUGUUGUGUUCUCUUAUUUUCUUAAACAAGUUUAUGUCAAAUAUGAAAAAAAUUGUUAUAUUACAUAGCUGAAAAAUCUCCAUUUUUAUGAUUUCAUUUAGAGAUGUGUUCUUGAUUGAAUUGUUGGUAGUUUGUUUAGUUAAAUUCCCAACUUUUUUUAUUCGUGUAGAUGGAAUUCACACAUUGUAAAUGGAUGUAUGAUAGAACUCAUCCUAAUCGUGCGGGAUUGAGGGUGGAAUUUAUAAAUGGGGUUAAAGAAUUUAUUGCAAAGGUGAAAACUAGAAAUGAUUUUUGAUAGAAGGCACAAUUAGAUGUCCUUGGGCCAAAUGCAGGUGUAUCAAGUUAUUGAAACCAGAUAAAGUUGAAUCUCAUAUUUUGAAGAAGGGAUUUAUGGAUAAUUAUUAUGUGUGGACAGUUCAUGGAGAGAAUGACGCCACUGUAGCUAAUGUUGAUUUUCAGAAUGGGUUUAAUGCUGUGGAUAAUCCUGUAGAUAAUAUUAAUGUUGAAAGUUCUCGAUUCAAUGAAAUGCAGAGGGAUGCUUUUGGGAUGUUCCCAGGGUCUCAAUUAGAACCAAAUGAUGAGGCUAAGCGCUUCAAUGAACAAUUAACUGAAGCUACUUGACCAUUAUAUGAAGGUUCAAUGCAUUCUAAGUUGUUUGUUGUUGUUAGAUUGCUAAGUAUAAAGUCAGAUUAUUCAAUUUCUCAACCAGGGAUGGAUUCUAUCAUUGGGCUUGUGAAUAAACUUAAUCCGAAUAAAAUUGACUUACCUAAAGAUUUCUACAUGACAAAGAAGAUGGUUUCUAAGUUAGGACUUUCAUCAGAAAGGAUUGACUGUUGUGAAAAAGGUUGCAUGUUAUUUUAUAAAGAUGGUGCAUCUUUAAAAAAUUGCAAAUUUUGUAAUCAAGCUCGUUAUAAGGAAGUCACAAAUGUCAAAAAGAAGAAGGUUCCAGUGAAGGCAAUACAUUACUUACCCCUGAUACCUAGGUUAAAGAGGUUGUAUGCAUCAAUGGGCUCUGCACCUCAUAUAAGAUGGGAUUAUGAACAUAAAAGGCCACCUGGUGUUCUAUGUCAUCCAUAAGAUGGAGAAGCAUAGAAACAUUUUGAUAGAUUGUUUCCUGAAUUUGCUAGUGAACCUAGAAACAUUAGGUUAUGAUUAUGUUCAAAUGGAUUCACUCCAUUUGCUGUCUCUGUGGUACAAUAUUCAUGUUGGCCAGUAUUUGUUAUGCCAUAUAAUCUCCCCCCGAGUUAUGUAUGACAAGUCCAUAUUUGUUCCUAACUUGCAUUAUUCCUGGUCCAAAUAAUCCAAAAAAAUUGAUUGACAUAUACUUGCAGCCUUUGAUCGAUGAGUUAAAAUUAUUGUGGAAUCAAGGUGUUGAAACAUAUGAUGUAUUCCAUAAACAAAACUUCAUAAUACGUGCUGCUUUGAUGUGGACUAUAAAUGAUUUUCCUGCUUAUGGAAUGUUGUCUGGGUGGUCAACUGCUGGUAAGUUAGCUUGCCCAUGUUGCAUGGAAGACAAAAUAAUUCACAUUAAAACAUGGAGGUAAGAACUCAUGGUUCGAUUGUCACCGUCGUUUCUUGCCAAUGGAUCAUGAAUUUAGGAGAAAUACUAGUGCAUUUAUGAAGAACCAAACUGAUUUUGAAGAGCCACCUACAACUUUAUUAUCUGAAAAAAUGUGGCAUAGGGUUAGGGAUUUACCUAAGGUAAUAGAUUCUCCACCAUCUAAGAUACUUGCUUAUGGUGUUACACAUAAUUGGACAAAACAAAGCAUAUUUUGGGAGUUACCUUAUUGGAAGCAUAACCUUCUUCGCCAUAAUUUGGAUGUCAUGCAUAUUGAAAAAAAUGUUUUUGACAACAUAUUUAAUACUGUGAUGGAUAUCAAUAACAAGACAAAAGAUAAUUUGAAGGUUAGGAUGGACUUAAAAGAAUAUUGCAGGCGAAGUGAGUUAUACUUAACAUACCUUAACAACAAGAUUAAGAAGCCCAAGGCUAGUUACACAUUCACUUUGGAUGAGAAGAGAGAGAUUUGUGAUUGGGUAAAAAAAUUGAAGAUGCCUGAUGGAUAUGCUUCAAACUUAUCUAGAUGUGUCGAUAUGAAAGAAUGAAAUUUGAUGUCUAUGAAAAGCCAUGAUUGUCACAUUUUCAUGGAAUCUUUGAUGCCUAUUUCAUUCAAGUCCUUGCAUGAUAGAAUAUAUGGAAACCCAUCACAGAAAUAAGCCUUUUUUUCAAAGAGUUGUGUUCUAGCACAUUGAGGGUGGAGAACCUAGAUUACAUGGACAGUAACAUUUGCCUAGUUUUAAACAAACUGGCAAAAAUAUUUCCUCCUGGUUUUUUCAAUGUAAUGGAACAUCUCCCAAUUCAUCUUGUGCAAGAGGCACGACUUGGAGGUCCAGUUCAAGGUAGAUGGAUGUAUCCAUUUUAGAGGGGAGGACUUUUAAUUAUUUUCCUUUUGUGUUUGCAUUUUUAAAAAAUCAUCUAAAGGUCAUACUUUAUAGGAUUAUCGGCAAAAGUAAAAGGACCAUACAAAAUUGAUGGAGAAUAGAGGGAGCGAUGCGUGAAACAUAUCUGGCAAGAGAAAUUUCUAAUUUUGAUUCAUAUUAUUUUGAAAAUUAUGAGUCGUGUUUGAGAAAUAGACCCAAUCGACAUGAUGAUGGAGGAAUUAUUGAUCCUUUGGCACCACCCUUAUCAAUAUUUAAUCAUCCAGGAAAAGGAGGUUCAAAACAUGCUCGAAAGCGAAAGUUAACUGAGAUGGAGCCAAAGUCAGCUUCAACACAUGUAUUAUUGAAUUGUCCUGAGUUAUUUUGUUGGUACAUAUGGGAAAGAUGAUGUUUAUCCUAUGUUUUCAAAGUGGUUUAGAAAAUAUGUUCAUAAUCCAGUUAAUGUCGUGGAUGUUGUGAAUGUCCAAUUUUUACGUGAUAUUUCUUGGGAACCUUAUCAUAGAGUUAGAAUAAUGUCUAAGUACUUCAUCAAUGGAUACAAAUUUCAUACAGAAGAAUGGUCCAAAGGCAAGAAAACCAAUAAUAGUGGGGUGUGGGUGAAAGGUGAGGGGGUUAUUGAUUAUUAUGGUGUGCUUCAAGAGAUUACAAAACUCGAUUAUCUUGUUGGUUGGCCAAAGAAAAAGAUAGUAAUCUUUCGGUGCAAGUGGUGUGAUCCUGAUUCUAGUGGUACAAAGGUGCAUCCUCAAUACAAAAUAGUUGAAAUUAAUCACACGAGGCAGUAUCGUUUCUAUGAUCCAUUUAUCAUUGCACAGAAUGUGAAACAAGUGUAUUACAUUCCUUAUCCUUUGUGCAAGAAUAAAUCUUUGUGGCAUGUAGUUAUAGAAACAAAGCCCGUGGGGAGAGUGGAGGUUGAGGAUGCAUUGGAUGUAGCGUUUCAAAAUGAUAUUUCAAGUGUUGAAGCAAUGGUGGAUAAUGAAUUAGCAGGUGAAUUGCAGCAUAAUGAAGGCAUCUAUGAAGAAUUUGAUGCUACUUUCCUUCAAUCAAAUCCAAAUAAUUAUCGGGAAGGAACAUGCAGAGCUAACGAGGAGGAAUCCCAAACUGAUGAAUAUGAAACAAGUGAUAAGGAAUUACUUGAAGAAAAUGAAAUAAGUGAUGAGGAAGAAUUUGGUAGUCAUUAUGAAUCAAAUGAAGAAGGUUGACUUGUUUGGUUCGUUGUGUUGACAAAUUUAGAUCAUUAGCUUAUCCAAUGUUUCUCUCUUGAGUUUAGUUGGU